AUGCUACAGGCCAAAUCAGAUAAGAGGGAAACUGACCGUGAGGAGGAAAAGGUGGUUGAUGUGUUGAAGCGGAAGCUGGAGGCAGCUGGUCACGUCUCGAAUGAAACUUCAGUUCUGAGCCCCUGGGUAUUUGCUUUCUUUUGCUUCAGUCAGUCUUUGACCAAGUUUGAUCGCGUCAUGCUAUUUCUCCAGACACUUUGGCAGAACUGUGCUACGCAGACACUCGACAAGUGCACCACUUUUACAACACCACGACACUUCAAACUUGAUGACAACUGUGAAUUCGCGGGCUUUUCUUCGUGGAUGGAAGCCUGA